CCUGCCAAGACGCCAUGCCUGUCCUAACAUGACCAUGCCAAAAACGACAAGGGCAGAUGGAGCGGCUGCUGCUUCAAUCCACGUGCUGCCGGCCCGCCUCGAGCAGCUCGUGACCGACUGCUUCGAUGAGGAGCAAUACGCUAGCGGCCUCGCGACGCUCAACAGUGUAGUGGGGCCCUCAGUAUUCCCCAGCCACUACCUCCUCCAACAGCUGCUCGUCCUCUCCACCUCAACGCCCAACACGAGCAAUCUCACACAGCUGCAAUCCCUCCGCAAGAAGCGCAAGAGAGCAGACUAUGCAGCUCAUACCCACCUCUCGAUUGAUGCAGAAACCAUUGCAGACGUCAAUGCCUUCCUGCACAGGUGGUUGUUCUCUUCCUCCUCGCCGCUGUCCGGCAGCAGCUUCGCUUCACAUCUUCUCGACUCACUCCCACCCAUUGCCCUCUCACCCGAGGAACAGCGAGAGGCUGACAGCAGCAGCACACCUCGCGCGAGACGACGUAGUGAUCAGAGCAAUGCCUCGGAUGAGCAAGGAAGUCCAAUUGCUGAGGCGGUAAAUGAGCUCGUCAAAGGGUCGGAAAAGGUGUGGAACAUGCUAGCUGCCGUAGCUGGCGCUCACCAACACUCAGAGCAGACCGCCAAAUGGAACAUGCCCGACAAUGAGGCUUCGUCCUCGGCGAGCGCUGCUUCAAGCUCGAUUCCCGGCCUACUGACAGAGCUGGUGUGGGAGCGCGAUGAGGCGCUCACUCUAACAGACGAUCAGUUCGACGUCUGGCGCGACCUUCUUGACCCAAUGGACACAUACGGCGGCGGCGGCAACGGCGACACCGAAGCGAUUUGGCGCCUACUCUCCGUACUCGUACGCGCGUGGAAGAAGCAGAGACAGCAAGUCGUAGCUGCUUCUGCAUCUGCGAGCAGCAAGCCGUCCGCAGCCACCCUAUACGAUCAGCUCCACCUCCUGCGCCAGAUCUCUCCGCGUCCCUCAGCCCGGCGAGGAUACGAGGACCUCGCCACGCCAUUGGAUGUAGUAUUCUCGGGUCUGACAAACCUCAAUCACUGGAUGGCCUGGGUCGACUCCUCUUCCUCUCCGUCUUCUUUCAGUCCCAUCAGCCUCGCCCAGCGACAACGGCGAGCACAAACUGCUUCGCUACUUCUCGUAGAGCUUUGCCACCUGGCCAUUUCACUGAAUGCGGUGAGCAGCGAUGCACUUGCUCGUGGAAUCUUCGAACGCCUCUCCUUCGUAGGGGUAACGGAGGUACAGGUCAUGAACUCAGCAUUUGAAGAGGAUCAGCGUGAGCGAGGAGCUUCCACACCAUCCAUGAUGUCGAGCCCGCGCCAAAUCCUUUGCGAUGCGUACAUGCGCCAUCUGGAUCUUGAGGCCGCGAAGAAGAAUAAGGAGCGGCUCAACGAGGAGACGUUGCGCACCGUCUAUGAUGAGGACGAUGCGCUCUGCAUGCGGGAAGUUGCCGGAGGGAUCUUGAUGGAGCGCAAAGCCAUGGAGAUGAGGAGGAGUCACGCCAGCCGCAAUGACGAUGAAGAUGAGGAAGACGAGGGAGAAGAUGAGGCCUCGCUGCGGCACCGACUCACGGGCUGCCUGAGCCGCGCCACCACUUCGGCAUCCGUCUCCCCAACCAAGCCGACCAAGAAGGGCUCAACACCCCGUCCUCGCCUCUCCGAGGGGUCAAGCAGCGACGGCAGCGAGAGCAACGCGCAGACCCGCCUCACUUGCGCCCUCGCACUAGCAAGCAAGGCUCUCGCAUCCCUUCGACGCUGGGAGAUCUUGAGCUUCCUCGACCUGUCAGCGCGCAGUCAGGGCGUGACUGGAACUGGACAAGUCCUGGGCCUCCAGCCCGCGAGGCUCGCUGCUGCUUUUGAGGUCACGGUUCAAGAGGUGGCCAGGGAUGCAAUAGAGCUGCUCAUGGAGCAACGUCGCCAUCGCUCCCGGUCGCGCUCUCUUGCUCCUUCCUCGAGGGCGUCUUCUACUCAACACAGCCGCCGUGGAAGCACGAGUAGCAGUAUCAGCGCCGCUUCUACCGCUGGUGUCAGCACUACUACCGCCACGGGUCGCAAUCGUGGACGCGAGGAUCGUCGCAGUACCAGCGUUACGGCCGGUCGCGUGUCCCAAACAGCAUCCGUGUCCCCCACACGCCCCAGGUCCGGCAGAGUGUCCAAGCCCCCACCGAGGAUGGGCAUCAGUAGGCGCUCAAGGGGCUUGCCCUCCUCCUCUUCGAGUAUUAAGGACAAAGCUCCGCCGAAGCCGGCUGAGAAGACGAUGGGCAGGUCGAAGCACGUCAAGCGAGCCUCUUCAUCCAGUUCUGCCCUUUCCGCCAACGAUGACGAGGAGGACGAGACCAUGAUGCCGGACCUAGAUGAGGAGGACCGCAAAGGCCUUAAGCAAGCAGAGGAUGAGACCUGGCUACUGCGCGCUUUGGUCAGGUCAACCGCGCAAAGCUUGGAGACAUUGCGUGGGAGGAUCUAUGCUGCGCAGCUUGGUGGAGGGGGAAGCCGCAGUGGUAGCGUUGGCGCCCGCGGGUAGGAGAUGGCGCGAUACGACGAGAUGGCAACGAGAGCCGCUCAAGUGUGUCAUCGAGGGUGGAGAAGGACAUAGAUUUGAUAUAUUGAGAAGGUUUGGUGAAUACAACAUGGUCAAAGCUGAGAUAAGAGAAUUAAAGAGAAUUAGAAAGGGAGAC